AUGCUCAGGGCAGAGCUGCUGGCCAGAGAUGACCUGGUGCAGGCAACGCAACUGGAGGAGAAGCAGUGGAAAAGAGAGGCGGCCAGACUGAGAGAGCAACUGUCAUCUCAGGAGAUCGCCACCCGGCUGGAGGUGGAGGAGAAGGAGGGGGUCAUGGCCGCAGAGCUGUGGGACCUGAGGCAGAGCGUGGAGAGGGUGCAGCAGCAACUCCAGUCCAGCAUUCAGCAGGAGGAGCGACUGAGAGAGGACAUCAUCCAGCUACAGACUGGGCUGGAGUCAUCUCACUGCCAGAGCCAGCAGCUGAGCGACGCCCUCAACCACACGCAGGAGAAGCUCCGUGACCUGGAGCACUCUGGGAAAUGCAAAGAUAACCAAAUUGUUACGUUGCAGGAGAAGCUGGUGCAACAGCAGGCAGAAAGAUCCAAAAUGGAGGCCAUGAGGGCGGAGACACGGCACCUGCGAGCCCAGCUGAGGGACAGUGAAAGCACGCUGGCCUCGGCCAAUCGCAGAGCAGCGCAGGUCCAAAGGGAACUGCUGUCCAAUACGGGGAAAGACACAGAGUAUCAGGUGGCCAAAAUUCAGCUAGAGGCUCUUCGACUGGAGAACAAGAACCUGAAGCAACUCAUUUCCAAAAUGGAGUCAAACACGUCUUUGACCCCUGCAGGUGAGGUCUCAGGUGAGGUCUCCGGUGACUCUGGGCAGUGGGAAGAGGAGAGUCAGCCAGCAGAGACGAGCUUCGCCUCAGAAGAUCCCCACGGCAUCAGCAGCCAUGUGAGCCCACAGGCAGCCUGCUGGGAGCAGACAGAAGCACAGAGCCCCACCCCAAAACCCGAGGACUGUUACUAUCCCCAUGGCAACAGCCACGGGGAGGAAGAAUUCACGGCCAAGGUAGACAGGACGAAGAAUACGUCAGCGCCGAUGGAGCCUGCAGUCCUGACGUCUCCCAGCCUCACACGCACGAUCGGGGGCCAGUUCCUCCGGGAGGAGGAGCACAGGAUGAAGAGCCUGGAGCAGCGGUUCGACUCCUACAUCCAGGAGCUCCACAGGGACACCCAGAGGAUGCUCCUGAAGUACGGCGUGUGUCCCCCGGGAGAGGGCCACGGCCCCGGGGCCCCAGAGCCGGGCUUAAACACCCGGUUCACACAGCAGUCUGUGUCGCCGUGGGACCACGAGGAGCCACCAGUGGAGCCGGAAUAACCAUGUCAUUAAUUAAUUGAUAUGAGUAUGUGUCAUAAUACAUGAUGUAAUGUGCAGCAAUCGGGCUAAAUGAACAAUUGAAUUGAACUGCGAGGGUAACCAGACAAGUGACGUGACAUUUAGCUGCCACUUUCCCAACAAGCUGAACAGAACAAAGCACCCGUCUGCUCGAUCCCACACGAAGAACUAUAAUCUGUGUUUAAUUCAAUUUUAGUCUGGCUUUUUGCUCUUAGAUGCAGAGAUAAAAUGGCAAAUAACCAUGCGUUUGACUUUCUGUGCGUAUCUUUCGUAUAUUCUUUGUACAG